CACCGGGGCUGGUGGAAAGCCGAGCGGUCUGCGGUCGGCACGCUCGGGAGAAUGGAUCCGCCCCGCAAGCGACGAAUACUGCGAGGAGCGCUAGGCCCCCGCCGGCGUGGGGAGGCGCUGGCAGCGUGCCUUGGCCGGCCUUGUGUCGUGUCCUUUAGCCCGGCGGUGCUGUGGCCGGGCCACGGCCUCUGCCCUUGGGAAUGGUUGAGGGUUUCAGGGCAGGCAGUGCUCCCGUGUACAGUAAAACUUGUGAAAGCAGCGGAUUCGCUUUCAGGGCUGUGCUGCAGGUUCCUCUACUGAGCUUUUUCGUGGUGCCCACCCGGGUUUCCUCCCAAGCAGCACCUUGGGGAGGGUCGGGAAAUGAGCACGAACCGGGCUCCGCCCUAGCGAGGGAGCCUGCGAGCACUUAGGUGCAGAAGCGGUGGAAGUACAAAGCCUGUUACACUCGGCAGAAUUUCAGAAAACAAAAAAAAACGACAACCAACCAAUCAAAAAAAAAAAAAAAAGGGCAAAAGGGCGGUGUCAGCAAGCAAUGUCUUGUCCGAUAAGCUCGUUGGCCCAGGGGCUCUGCUGCCACCUUCCCCAUGCCGAGGUGCGGUGGGAGCACAGGGGCUGCCGCGGCGUGCCCGGCUCCCAUGGUGACACCGGCAGCGGCACUUCCGGCUGCACCCGGAGGAGGCGGGCCCGGCGGCCCGGGCGGUAGCCCGUCAUACCUUUUCUGGGACAAAGUGUACGGCACAGCAGGUCUGGAGAAAAAAACCUCAGGUACUACGAGCCUGCCUCCUGCUGAACGUUUGAAGUCUGACUCUUGUACUUGACGGGGCACUAGGCAGUCUCCCUCCUCAGCCUGCCUUCCUGCUGGAUUUGAACUGAAAAGCACCUCCUGUCCCUUCUCAGCUCUGUUCCCCAGCCUGCAAGAGCGCCUUUGUAAUUUUCUUUCUCUCAAUAGCUGCUAAUGUUGCCGAAUAAGGCUUUGAAAUUCCUACCCAUGAAACUUUGCCAUUGUCUGGUCUCAAAAUUUCUUGCCAGUGGAUUUUAAAAACUAAAGAGAGAUGUCCUUUUUCCCUAAAAUCGUUUUCCAACAUGAAGUUGAAGAGUAUCUCACCAAAGUGUUCAGAAAUAAUGAGCUUAUCACUGCUUUAGGUACACAGGAGGCAGAGAAAAAAUACCAGUCUCUCUUAAGUCAUCUAUCUCAUCCACCAGCUUUUACAACUGUAAGAGUAAAUACCCACUUGGCCUCAGUGAAACAUGUGAAAAAAUUGCUGUUUGAAGAGAUCCAGAAGCAAUUUAAAGGACUAUGUGUUCCAGUUCUCGAGCACCCAAAACUUCAGGACAUUUUACUAAUUCCUGUCAUUGGACCCAGGCGAGAUUUAAAAAAACAUGCAUCUGAAGUCAUAGUUGGAGCCCAGUGUGGAUAUGCAGUACUUCGAGGAGCGCACGUUUAUGUCCCUGGAAUUGUAUCCACCUCAAGAUUUGUGAAAGCUGGAGAUCUGGUUUCAGUGUAUUCAGAUAUUGAAGGGAAAUGCAAAAGAGGAGCCAAAGAAUUCGAUGGAGUUAAAGUUUUCCUUGGAAAUGGAAUUUCAGAACUCAGCCGCAGUGAAAUCUUCAGUUCAAAUGGCCAACUGAAGGGGCUGGGCGUAAGAAUGAUAGAGCCAGUCUACCUUAGUCCUUCAUUUGACAAUGUGCUUCCUAGUCAUUUGUUUUUACAGAAUUUACCUUCGGUGGUUGUGAGCCAUAUUUUAAACCCUCAACCAGGAGAGAAAAUUUUGGAUAUGUGUGCUGCACCUGGAGGAAAAACAACCCAUCUUGCAGCACUAAUGCAUGAUCAGGGUGAAGUUAUAGCCAUGGACAAGAUAGCUAACAAGAUCAAGAAAAUCAAGCAGAAUGCUGAAUUGCUGCAGUUGAAUUGCAUUAAGGCCUUUUGCUAUGAUGGAACAAAGGCCCUUUCAGUAGAGAAGAGAGAGGAUAAACAAGAAGGACCUCCAUUCUUACCAGAGUCAUUUGAUCGAAUUCUUCUUGAUGCUCCAUGCAGUGGCAUGGGACAGAGACCAAACAUGGUUUAUUCUUCAACUUUAAAGGAAGUGACCUCAUAUCAGCCACUACAGCGCAAGCUUUUCACUGUGGCAGUGAAGUUGCUGAAGCCAGGAGGUGUUUUAGUAUAUAGUACAUGUACAAUUACACUUUCUGAAAAUGAGGAGCAAGUUGCUUGGGCCCUGAAAACUUUUCCAUGCCUCCAGCUUCAUCCACAGGAACCUCACAUUGGAGGAGAAGGCAUGAAGGGAGCUGGACUAUCACUUGAUCAGCUGAAGCUGCUCCAGAGAUUUGAUCCAUCUGCUGUGACAUUGCAAGGAAUGGAUAUUAAUUAUUUGCAAGGUUCUAGAGAAGAUGACCUGAUUUCUUUGGCAAAUAAAGACUGUAUAGGAUUUUUCAUUGCAAAAUUUAUUAAAUCAAACAGUAAAUAAGGAUUUGGGAAUGCAACCUGAAAAAAUACCUCAGUGAGUCUAAGAACAGUUCAGACGUGAAGUGCCUUUCUUCCUGCUGCAAUGUUACCAAGCCAACGGGCUGACGGCAGGGUUGCUAUGGCAGCACUAAAAUCUGCCAGCUGUUCUGAUGGGAAAGAGCCACAGGUUGCAGCAGAAAAGUCAUGGCUGGGGGAAGGGCAGUAUCAUUUGUAAGUCUCCCUCUGCUUUUGUAUUUACAGCAGGUCAGUGCCUGAAUGACAACUAUGUUCACUCAUACUGCUGUCUGCUCUGGUUUCCCCGUAUCUGGUGUGGCAAGCGGAGGAAGGGGAUGUAAGCUACUCUACAAAAUGCAAACAUAAAAAAAUAGAUGGGAACUAUUACAAUGACUUUUGGAAAGGGGAGUUUCUAUGGAGGUUUACCAGUAGUUAGUUUCCUUAAAUAGUGCUUCUCAAAACACUGCAACAUUUUACAAAGAACUGUUUUAUAAAUUGAUACUUAGAACCUCAUUUCUCUUUUAUUUCAAUACAAGCAAGAUUCUCUGUACACAUAGUAUAUACACAAAAUACGAUUAGGCUUUGUAGCAUGUCUUUUAUAGCAGCAUGAAUAUAUUAAACCAUCUCACUCUGGGAAUGUAAAUAAAUAUUGUUUCAACAUCAAACUUCCCAUGCAUAAACUGUAUUGGUUCUGAAAUAGCCUAUUGGACUGGCUGACAAGUGACAGUUUUAAAAUCAAACAUUUGUAACAGAAGGGGCUACAGUUAUGAUUAAUAUAUCAAAAGACAGAAAACUGCAUAAUACCAUCUGAAAUGUUGCAAAUCACCUUUCAAACAACUAAGGAUAUUAACUCUUUAUUGGUUAGAAAGCAUCACCAGCUAAAAUAAUGAAAAUUGAAACUGGGGAAGCAUGCUAAUGAAAACUGCCUUACUACAUUGCUCAAAGUUCAAAUAAUCUGAAUUUCUUAAAAGAUGUUCGAUGUAUUUGAUAAUUCUGCUUCAGUUCCAGUUUGAACAGUAUUCUCAGUCCUGCUGGAACUGACAAUAGCACUAAAGAAGGAAAGCUAAGGACAAGAAAAAACAGAAACUGACAUCUGUGUGUGUUUGGUGUUUUCCUCUCACUCGAUCAAUUUCCAGUUUUAAAAAGGAUUAUCUGAAAAAGUCUGUGUUUUCACACAUAAUUAUUUGGUUGGAUUAAAAAGAGCAAUAGUUCUUUUAUCAUUUGUCUUUCUACUGUAAGAAAUGCAUUUUGUAUUUGCUCACAAUCAAAACCAUCUAUACAAUUCUCUUUCUCGGUAGUCUGGUUGUUUACUUUUCUCAUACAUUUUCCAUAAAUGUUUUGAUACUGUAUGUUUUCUACUGCUCUUGAAUAAAAACAUUUCUUCUGA